UUUUAGGCACGUGUUUAAAUACCUACUUUUCGUCGCGGGCUAUACCAGACGAUUAUGGGCAAUGUAGUACAUGCUGCCACUUCUAAGGGCGAUGCGUUUGUUGACCCCGAAGCAUCAAAAUCCCAAGACACGGUAUCAAAUGAAGGUCCUGGAACUGUUGAGAAUAUUCAUAAUAAAGCCCACGAUAUCUUCCCUGUGCCAUUUGAUGGUGCCAGACUGUCUGUUAACAAGGGAUUAUCUCCUAACUUCCAAGUUAACCAUUCCCUAUCUCUAAAUUCCGAUGACCAAGCGGGCUACCGCUUUGGUGUUACAUAUGUUGGACAUAACAAAGUUUCUGAUACUGAAAUGUACCCGGUAUUAAUGAGUGAACUUCAGCCUAAUGGAAAUAUGCAAGCCCAGAUAAUCCACAGGAUGUUUCCGUCUGUUUAUGUACGUUACAUCGCCCAACUUCAGCGUCAUCGUUUUGGAGGUCAGCAGGGUUGUAUUGAAUAUCGUAAACCUAAACUUCAAGCAUCUUUAACAGUUAUUAAUCCUGAUAUCAUUCGGGGCCAGGGCAUGGCUGCUAUUGAUGUAAUGCGCCAGAUAACAAAACGAUUAGCACUUGGAAGUGCAUUCUUCUACCAAUGUUCUUCUCAGUUACCCACAGGACAGGAUGGUGUUUGGAGUUUUGGGGCGAAAUACACUUCUUCUUACUGGCAAGCUGCAGCGACUAUCCGACCUUGGCAAAAUUCACUUCACAGCAGUUUUCAUGUUCAAGUAAACGAUAGUCUUCAGUUGGCAGCAGAAUUCGAAUCCAGUUAUCCACAACAGUCGAACACUACAACUCUAGGUUACAAAUAUGAUAUCCCCAAAGCAAAUGUCACUUUCAAAGCUCAGAUGGACUCUAACUGGAAUGUAGCUUCUUCUUUAGAGAAGAAAUUAACACCAUUUCCUUUCACACUAACUUUGUGUGCAAUGGGUAAUCAAGUAAAAGCCAAAUACUCUUUCGGUAUUGGACUUAUGGUUGGCUAGGCAUUUUUACGCUUUUACUUUUACGCUGUGCAUACUUUUGAUUUUUCCAUUUUGUAUGCAUUCUGUAGUCAUUAGGUAAUUUUAAAGUCUUCGUGACUUCCAAUCGUUUUUGUAAAUAGUCGCCCAUUUAUUGAGAUAUGUUAUCAUUUACUUGAUGAUAUAAGCUGAAAUUUUGCACGUAUUUUUCGAGUGAUAGUGAAACGUCUUUUUGUUCUGAUUUAUUAUAUGCCAUCAAGAUUGAUCCUAUGAAAAUGAUAAUUGUUUCUCUGCUCUUAGAUGUCCACACUUAAGUCUUACCUAGUUGUAAUAGAUUAC